AUGCAAAGUAAUAUCGAACCUAACUUUUCGAUUACUUCACGCAACCCUCAUGUCGAUAACGAUCCUAUCGCUCCAAGUGUCAAUGCUAUACAAAAUACAACUCAUAAUGAGGUUCUUUCUCUCGUAACAUCUGAACCUCAUAUUGUUGAGUAUCAACAAAAUAUUAAUAUGCAACCGAUGGCUUCAAAUCAUACUGUUCAAAAUUUUCAGGUAUCUCGUUAUUCAACCAAUUAUAUUCAAGAGAACGUUAAUAUUAGACAUUCAUUCUUUUAUAGACCUUGCAAUGAUGAUCAUAUUUAUCGUAUCAUCUGUGAAGAGACAACCUUUGAAGAAACUAUUUCUCAAUUAAGAAAUAAUUAUUUGUAUUCAUCUAAUUCAAACAAUUCAUAUCUAUUCUACUUUCAACAACCUAAUGACAAAAGAAUCUAUCAAGUGGUAUGUGAAAUGAUCUAUAUUUAUAGCAAUGAAAUAAAACCAAACGAACAGCAAACUGUGGAAUUUUCUAAUAGACAUAAAGAAAACCUUGAAUUUUACUUGAAACAAUUUCUGGUUACUUAUUUGGCACCAAUGGAUAUUUACGGGCAAAUAAACAUGAAUACUGGACAAGAAAGGGAUGUUAAUAAUGUUGUUAGUAAUUCUAAUACAAAUUUAGUUGAUAUUUCGCAGAUAGUUUCAUCUCAAAAUGUUAGUGGAAAUUAUAUACGAUAUAAUAACUCGGAAUAA